AUGGAUCAAGAUCUAAAGGCAUACACGCAUCAGCCCUUGGCAUCGCAUGAUUCGAUCCGUAUUUUGUACCUCCAGCCGGGAUCUGGCGAUAGCUUAAUCCGCUGUACCUUGAAGGAAGUGCUGCUGGGUGAGGCAAAAGGUAAAUAUGAGGCAGUUUCUUAUGUUUGGGGCCGUUCGGACAUCACAUCUACGAUUAUUUGCAAUGGUGCUGCACUUCCGGUAACGACCAAUCUCGAGCUGGGACUCCGAACGUUCCGGUUGGAAGACAGAUCCAGAUAUCUCUGGGCUGAUGCAGUAUGUAUCAACCAAAAGGAUGAGGGGGAGAAAAGCCAGCAAGUUCGAAAAAUGGACAAGAUCUUUCGCGAAGCAGAUCAUGUUCUGUGUUGGCUUGGUAGAGAUGACAAUAACGUGGCCGAAGACUGCUUCCGUUUUAUUCGCCAUACCAGAAUAGCGAUGGAACGGGAGUUUCAGCCAGAAUGGACCAUGGAUAAUCUGAUAAGUGACACAAAGCUAGUUGGAGUAUCAAAGACUGCCAGAGAAUGGGAUUUUGUUGCUCAACUCUUCGAGAUCUCUUGGUUCCAACGUGUCUGGAUUGUACAAGAAGCAGCACUUGCAAGAGCAUGCUAUCUGUGCUGGGGCAUUCACCAAGUCCAUUUCUACGAAGCGCUAAGCAUUGCUAGCUGGUUGGCGUAUUCCAUCCACGCACCGUCUCUGAGGAAGGGGGCCAGAGUUGGAAAACUCAUCAGUGAUGUUUUCAUAGACAUCAUGCAUACGUUCGAUAACCGACCAACCUGGAGAGACAUGAUUUUGUUUGACAAGAUCCUGGAAGAUCUUCAUCCAGCUAAGAAACAGUUGUAUGUGGACCUUUUGUUCUGUGCAAGGUCGCUCCGCGUUACGGACCAACGAGACGUGAUUUACUCUUCCCUUGGAAGUCCCCUGGCUCAUUCCGUCAACGGGGAGGUGAUGGUCGCGCCGAAUUACACUGAGCCAUGGAAGCAACAGCAGAUCAGGGCGGCAAAGGCUCUUCUGAGAAAUCCACGAGAAGGACCCCACGUCCUUUCAAUGAUAGUCCAUGACUCCAUGGCGGAGCUUCUAGACGACGGGAUUCCAUCUUGGGUACCUCGGUGGAACACUUUUGACCAGAAGAGCACUUGCCCAGUGCCUCUCAUUUCGACAUAUGAAUAUCGCCAAAAGCCUUUUCGAGCGAGUCUUGGAAGUCCCCUCUUCAACACGACCUUUCCAUCACCAGAUACUCUUUCCAUAACGGGGUGGAAAUAUGAUACCAUCGCCUGGGUAUCCUCGAAGCUUGAAUUUGUCGAUCUGGAAGAAGAUCUCGAGGAGUGGAAGCCUUACCUGAGAGAAAAGAAUACCCUUCCCAUUGAAUCAGUCUGGCUCCAGCUUCUCGAAAAGACUUCGAUACCCCCGGAAGAGUUGAUUGGACAAUUCAGCUUGACCCUUGCACGUGGACGUCCAGCUUCUGACGAUCAUGUUGAUGAUCUGUUGUUGUACUGCGAGAGACUUCGAACCAAGGCGGGAACAGAGACAACCUCUCCUUUCCCUCCAAAGGUCUCUACCUCGGAGGUUCUGUCAAUCGCUGAGCGCUCACUCCCGCGGUCGAGGGAUCGGCGCCUCGCGAUGACAACUCAAGGAAGAAUGGCAUUGGUUCCCUUGAUCGCUGAGGCCAACGAUGUUUGUUGUAUCGUCCAAGGCAUGGAUGUCCCUAUGGUGUUUCGUAAAGCUACAAACGGUACAUACAAGUGUCUUGGAGAGACCUACUGCUCUGGAGUGAUGGAAGGAGAACUAUUGGGUCCCGAGUGUACUAACGAACCUGAGUGGACGGAGCUCCAUAUUCGUUGA